AUGGCCAAGGCCGCGCAGGGGCGUACGAGAAAGGUUUUGGUGGCCACGGCCGGGACCGGCCUCGUCCUGGGCACUGCCGCGCUCGGUGGCCUCUGGCAUGUGGCGAAGGGAAAGUACCCGCGCUUGGAGGAGCUCAGCUGGAGUGAGCGCGGGGAGCACCUGGCCCGCUUCAUGCGUACGGCGUGGACGGGCCUCGUGGUGUCGCUCGACUACAAGACCCUCGCUCGCUACGAAUACGGCACUCCCGAAUAUGCCGCGGCACGCUCCAAGGCGGGGCAACACUUGGCCUCGAUGAACCACGUGCUGCCGCGCGAGUACACGGACACCCUCACCGUGCUCCAGGACCAGGCGCCGAGCCGACCGUUCGCGGUGAUCGAGAAGGCGUUCAUCGAGCAGCUGGGCGCCCCGCCGAGCCACUUGUACCCCCUUCUCCCGCCCCUUCGCUUCAAGUGCCAACACUGCUGA